ACCAUUCUCUACGUAUAUAUUCAAACAGCUGAUAAGUAUCACACACAGUAGCUAGCAACAGCUGGUAGCGGUAACAGUGAUUGAGGAGUAAAGAUCAGUAAAGAUACGCAGAUAAACGUAAUUGUCAAUCAUGAGUACCGUUACCUGCAUUGCACCGGUCAAUAUUGCAGUUAUUAAAUAUUGGGGAAAGAGGGAUGAAUCCCUAAUUUUACCAACCAAUGAUUCUAUAAGUGCUACUUUAGAUACAGAUCAGUUGCAUGCAAAAACUACUGUUAUGAUCAGUCCUGAUUUCAAAGAAGAUUGUAUUUGGCUGAAUGGAAGGGAAGAAGAUAUAAAAAAUAUAAGGCUUCAAAAUUGUUUAAAAGAGAUUAGGAAACGUUCGCAAUUAUCCGAUUAUAUAAACGACUGGAAGAUUCACAUAUGUUCAAAGAAUAAUUUUCCAACUGCUGCUGGUUUAGCUUCGAGUGCUGCAGGAUAUGCGUGCCUCACAGCAGCAUUAGCCAAGCUUUAUAAAAUUGAAGGAGACAUUAGUAUCAUAGCGCGUUCUGGUUCUGGAUCAGCGUGUCGCAGUGUUAUGGGUGGUUUUGUAAGGUGGCAAAUGGGUUCGGACAAGUAUGGAACAGACAGUUUGGCAAAGCAAAUCGUGCCUACGUCUUAUUGGCCCGAAAUGAGGAUUUUAAUCCUAGUGGUUAACGAUGAACAAAAAAAAGUACCAAGUGCAAUAGGUAUGAGACGAAGCAUAGAAACAUCUGAACUCCUGAAAUACAGAAUAAAGCAUGUAGUCCCAGAAAGAGCAAAUAAAAUGCAACAAGCGAUCAUUGAGAAGGAUUUCAAAAGUUUUGCCGAACUUACUAUGAAGGAUUCUAAUCAGUUUCAUGCUGUGUGCCUGGAUACAUAUCCUCCAUGUAUUUAUACGAACGAUAUUUCUAACAGUAUUAUGAAUCUCGUACAUUCUUAUAAUGAUGCAGUUAACGACGUGAAGAUUGCAUACACUUAUGACGCUGGGCCAAAUGCUACGUUAUAUUUAUUAGAGAAAGAUGUACCAGCAGUGAUAGGUGUUCUCGAUUACUUUUUUCCUCCUCCUCAAAAUGUUGCGAUUGAAUAUAGAAGAGGACUAUCUGUUGAAGGAAUUGAGCCUUCACAAGUUCUCGUGGAGAAACUCAAGUUUCAGAAGCAUUCACCAGGACAACUUAAAUAUAUGAUAUAUACUAAAGUGGGAGAUGGACCUAAAUAUCUCAAUAAUCCACAGGAUCAUUUGUUGGAUGGUCAAGGAUGAGGGACUCAUUCUUAAAAUUUUGCAUACACAUCCUGUGUGUGCAAUGUAGAUGGAAGUUACGUGCAAAGUGGUGCAUAGUUUGAAGAAUAAGGAUGCGCUCACAUGCGGAAUGGCGGUACUGCGGAAGAACAUUCAUGACUGGGUACCGAGAUAGCGGCUUCAUUCCGCCGAUUCCGCUCCG